AUGAGCCCUCAGCAAGUGGAUGGUUUGGCAUCGAGCCUUCGCAGCCAGAUACCUGCUACUUAUUCCGCUAUUUCUGUUGGAGAUUACAAGCCUAUUCCCGAGGAAACUCGGCAGAUUUUGAGCGAAUUUGGCUUACCAUGUGACUUUCUGGACUCUGAAUCUGAGUCGGAUCUAAGUGAUGUGCCGAGUGACGAUGACAUUUUGGAUCCUGCUGCUUCUUUGCGCGGCGUGAUGCAACCGCCUGUCCAAGGAGGGAUAUCCGGGAGACCUGCGGAGGAUAUCCCUAGGACUCCGGUGAAGGGCGCAUUAUCUGCAGACCCUGAAGUUCCGUUCGUUAUGACACUUCGUCCUCGGCCUCCUAAAGUGUCUCCUUACUUCCCGAAGCCGCUCAUCGAUCCCGAUUCCUGUCUGCCUUUCCCCUCAAUCGACGCACCCACAUUCGGUUUGGUGCAAGAGCAACUCGCCCACGAUCCAUUCCGCCUGCUUAUCGCGACGAUCUUUCUAAAUCGAACUCGCGGAGGCGUUGCUUUGCCUGUUCUCUUCCGGGUUUUUGACCAUUUCCCGACAGUCCACGACAUGAGUACGGUUGAUUUCUCGAAGUUGGUUUCUAUGAUACAUUCUUUGGGAUUUCAGAACGAGCGAGCGAAAAAAUGCAUCGAUCUUGCCAAGACAUGGCUUGCUCGUCCACCUACGAAGGGCAGUCGAUACCGCAGACUGCAUUACCCACGCAAGAUGGAUGGGAAAGACGUCGGCCGCGAAGAAUGCAUCGGGGACGACGACACGCGUAUAGCAUGGGAGAUCGCACAUCUGCCUGGUGUGGGCCCGUACUCGUUGGAUAGCUGGCGCAUCUUCUGCCGAGAUGAGCUGCGGGGACUAGCGAAGGACUGGAAAGGCAAUGGCACCGCAUCAGCAGAUUUCGUCCCGGAAUGGAAAUCGGUCUUACCACAGGACAAGGAGCUACGGGCAUAUUUGACGUGGAUGUGGCUCAAGGAAGGCUGGAUUUGGGAUCGGCACACGGGCGAGCGCAAACGAGCCAGCGAGAAGAUGAUGCGAGCUGCACGCCGUGGAGGUGUGGCUCAGGAACAGGUCGGCAAUUUCGUUUUGGAGAUGUCGCCAGUGAAGAAGGUCGCGAAUGGUCUGACAGCAUGGAGUUGA